AUGGCAUUUGUUUCUUCUGGAGUGCGUAUGCUCUUAUGCCGGCAGCUGGGGGACAGCUCUGGGGAGGGGCCGGAGUUUGUGGAGGAGGAGGAAGAGGUGGCUCUGCGCUCAGACAGUGAGGGCAGCGACUAUACCCCUGGCAAGAAGAAGAAGAAGAAGCUUGGACCUAAGAAAGAAAAGAAGAGCAAAUCCAAGAGGAAGGAAGAGGAGGAGGAGGAUGACGAUGAUGAUGAUUCAAAGGAACCUAAAUCGUCCGCUCAGCUCCUGGAAGACUGGGGCAUGGAAGACAUUGACCAUGUGUUCUCAGAGGAGGAUUAUCGCACCCUCACCAACUACAAGGCCUUUAGCCAGUUUGUCCGACCCCUCAUUGCUGCCAAAAACCCCAAGAUUGCUGUCUCCAAGAUGAUGAUGGUUUUGGGUGCAAAGUGGCGUGAGUUUAGCACCAACAACCCCUUCAAAGGCAGUUCUGGGGCAUCAGUGGCGGCAGCAGCGGCAGCAGCGGUGGCUGUCGUGGAGAGCAUGGUGACAGCCACUGAAGUUGCACCACCUCCUCCCCCUGUGGAGGUGCCUAUCCGCAAGGCCAAGACCAAGGAGGGCAAAGGUCCCAAUGCUCGGAGGAAGCCCAAGGGCAGCCCUCGUGUACCUGAUGCCAAGAAGCCUAAACCCAAGAAAGUAGCUCCCCUGAAAAUCAAGCUGGGAGGUUUUGGUUCUAAGCGUAAGAGAUCCUCGAGUGAGGAUGAUGACUUAGAUGUGGAAUCUGACUUCGAUGAUGCCAGUAUCAAUAGCUAUUCUGUUUCUGAUGGUUCUACCAGCCGUAGUAGCCGCAGCCGCAAGAAACUCCGAACCACUAAAAAGAAGAAGAAAGGCGAGGAGGAGGUGACUGCUGUGGAUGGUUAUGAGACAGACCACCAGGACUAUUGCGAGGUGUGCCAGCAAGGCGGUGAGAUCAUCCUGUGUGAUACCUGUCCCCGAGCUUACCACAUGGUCUGCCUGGAUCCGGAUAUGGAGAAGGCUCCUGAGGGCAAGUGGAGCUGCCCACACUGCGAGAAGGAAGGCAUCCAGUGGGAGGCUAAAGAGGACAAUUCGGAGGGUGAGGAGAUCCUGGAAGAGGUUGGAGGAGACCCUGAAGAGGAGGAUGACCACCAUAUGGAAUUCUGUCGUGUCUGUAAAGACGGUGGGGAACUGCUCUGCUGUGACACUUGUCCUUCAUCCUACCACAUCCACUGUCUGAACCCCCCACUUCCAGAGAUCCCUAAUGGUGAAUGGCUCUGUCCCCGUUGUACGUGUCCAGCUCUUAAGGGCAAAGUUCAGAAGAUUCUAAUCUGGAAGUGGGGUCAGCCACCAUCUCCCACACCAGUGCCUCGGCCUCCAGAUGCUGAUCCCAAUACUCCCUCCCCUAAGCCCCUGGAGGGGCGGCCAGAGCGGCAGUUCUUUGUGAAAUGGCAAGGCAUGUCUUAUUGGCACUGCUCCUGGGUGUCUGAACUGCAGUUGGAGCUGCACUGUCAAGUGAUGUUUCGAAACUACCAGCGGAAGAACGAUAUGGAUGAACCACCGUCUGGGGACUUUGGUGGUGAUGAAGAGAAGAGCCGAAAGCGCAAGAACAAAGACCCUAAAUUUGCAGAGAUGGAGGAACGUUUCUAUCGCUAUGGGAUAAAACCUGAGUGGAUGAUGAUCCACCGAAUUCUUAACCACAGUGUGGAUAAGAAGGGCCAUGUCCAUUACUUGAUCAAGUGGCGGGACUUACCCUAUGAUCAGGCAUCCUGGGAGAGUGAGGAUGUGGAGAUACAGGACUAUGACCUGUUCAAGCAGAGCUAUUGGAACCACAGGGAGUUAAUGAGGGGUGAGGAAGGACGACCAGGCAAGAAGCUCAAGAAGGUGAAGCUGAGGAAGUUGGAGAGGCCUCCUGAAACUCCAACAGUUGAUCCAACAGUGAAGUAUGAGCGACAGCCAGAGUACCUGGAUGCUACAGGUGGAACCCUACACCCCUAUCAGAUGGAGGGCUUGAACUGGUUGCGCUUCUCCUGGGCUCAGGGCACCGACACCAUCUUGGCUGAUGAGAUGGGCCUUGGGAAGACUGUCCAAACAGCAGUCUUCCUCUAUUCUCUGUACAAGGAGGGUCAUUCCAAAGGCCCCUUCCUAGUGAGUGCCCCUCUUUCUACCAUCAUCAACUGGGAGCGGGAGUUUGAAAUGUGGGCUCCAGAUAUGUAUGUGGUGACGUAUGUGGGUGACAAAGACAGCCGUGCCAUCAUCCGAGAGAAUGAGUUCUCUUUUGAAGACAACGCCAUUCGUGGUGGCAAGAAAGCCUCUCGCAUGAAGAAAGAGGCAUCUGUGAAAUUCCAUGUGCUGCUGACGUCUUAUGAGUUGAUCACCAUUGACAUGGCUAUCUUGGGUUCCAUUGAUUGGGCAUGCCUCAUUGUGGAUGAAGCGCAUCGGCUCAAGAACAAUCAGUCAAAGUUCUUCCGGGUCUUAAAUGGUUACUCACUUCAACACAAACUGUUGCUGACCGGGACUCCAUUACAAAACAAUCUAGAAGAGUUGUUUCAUCUCCUCAACUUUCUCACCCCAGAGAGGUUCCACAAUUUGGAAGGCUUUUUGGAGGAGUUUGCAGACAUUGCCAAGGAAGACCAGAUUAAAAAACUGCACGAUAUGCUGGGCCCUCACAUGUUGCGGCGGCUCAAAGCUGACGUGUUCAAAAAUAUGCCAUCCAAGACAGAACUGAUUGUGCGUGUGGAGCUGAGCCCCAUGCAGAAGAAAUACUACAAGUACAUCCUCACUCGAAAUUUUGAAGCACUCAAUGCUCGAGGGGGUGGCAACCAGGUCUCUCUGCUGAAUGUGGUGAUGGAUCUUAAGAAGUGCUGCAACCACCCAUAUCUUUUCCCUGUGGCUGCGAUGGAAGCCCCUAAAAUGCCCAAUGGCAUGUAUGAUGGCAGUGCUCUAAUCCGAGCAUCUGGAAAAUUAUUGCUGCUACAGAAGAUGCUUAAGAACCUUAAGGAGGGUGGGCACCGUGUACUCAUCUUCUCUCAGAUGACCAAGAUGCUGGACUUGUUGGAGGAUUUCUUGGAACAUGAAGGUUAUAAGUAUGAACGUAUUGAUGGUGGGAUAACUGGGAACAUGCGACAAGAGGCCAUUGACCGCUUCAAUGCACCGGGUGCUCAACAGUUCUGCUUCUUGCUUUCUACUCGAGCUGGGGGCCUUGGAAUCAAUCUGGCCACUGCUGACACAGUUAUUAUCUAUGACUCUGACUGGAACCCCCAUAAUGACAUCCAGGCUUUUAGUAGAGCUCACCGUAUUGGGCAGAAUAAGAAGGUGAUGAUAUAUCGGUUUGUGACCCGUGCGUCAGUGGAGGAGCGCAUCACGCAGGUGGCGAAGAAGAAGAUGAUGCUGACGCAUCUAGUGGUUCGGCCUGGGCUGGGCUCCAAGACUGGAUCCAUGUCCAAACAGGAGCUUGAUGACAUCCUCAAGUUUGGCACUGAAGAACUAUUUAAGGAUGAAGCCACAGAUGGAGGAGGAGACAACAAAGAGGGAGAAGAUAGCAGUGUUAUCCACUAUGAUGAUAAGGCCAUUGAGCGACUUCUGGACCGUAACCAGGAUGAGACAGAAGACACAGAAUUGCAGGGCAUGAAUGAAUAUUUGAGCUCAUUCAAAGUGGCCCAGUACGUGGUGCGGGAAGAAGAGAUGGGGGAGGAAGAGGAGGUAGAACGAGAAAUCAUAAAACAGGAAGAAAGUGUGGAUCCUGACUACUGGGAGAAAUUGCUGCGGCACCAUUAUGAGCAGCAGCAAGAAGAUCUAGCCCGAAAUCUGGGCAAAGGAAAAAGAAUCCGUAAACAGGUCAACUACAAUGAUGGCUCCCAGGAGGACCGAGAUUGGCAGGACGACCAGUCCGACAACCAGUCCGAUUAUUCAGUGGCCUCAGAGGAAGGUGAUGAAGACUUUGAUGAACGCUCAGAAGCUCCCCGCAGGCCCAGUCGCAAGGGCCUGCGGAAUGAUAAAGAUAAGCCAUUGCCUCCUCUGUUGGCCCGUGUUGGUGGGAAUAUUGAAGUACUUGGCUUUAAUGCUCGUCAGCGAAAAGCCUUUCUUAAUGCAAUUAUGCGAUAUGGGAUGCCACCUCAGGAUGCUUUUACCACCCAGUGGCUUGUGAGAGAUCUGCGAGGCAAAUCAGAGAAAGAGUUCAAGGCUUAUGUGUCUCUUUUUAUGCGACAUUUAUGUGAGCCGGGGGCAGAUGGGGCUGAGACCUUUGCUGAUGGUGUCCCCCGAGAAGGCCUGUCUCGCCAGCAUGUCCUUACUAGAAUUGGUGUCAUGUCCUUGAUUCGAAAGAAGGUUCAGGAGUUUGAACAUGUCAAUGGGCGCUGGAGCAUGCCUGAACUUGCUGAAGUAGAGGAGAACAAGAAAAUGUCCCAGCCAGGGUCACCUUCCCCAAAGACUCCCACACCCUCCACUCCAGGGGACACACAACCCAAUACCCCUGCACCUGCCCCACCUGCUGAGGAUGGGAUAAAAAUAGAAGAGAAUAGCCUCAAAGAAGACGAGAGUGCAGAAGGAGAAAAGGAGGUUAAAUCUGCAGCCCCAGAGGCCACUGUUGAGUGUACACAACCCCCUGCCCCUGCCUCAGAGGAUGAAAAAGUCCUUGUUGAACCUCCCGAGGGAGAGGAGAAAGUGGAAAAGGCAGAGGUGAAGGAGAGAACAGAGGAAUCGAUGGAGACAGAGCCCAAAGGUGUUGCUGACGUGGAGAAGGUAGAGGAGAAGUCAGCAGUAGAUCUGACUCCCAUUGUGGUAGAGGACAAAGAAGAGAAGAAAGAAGAAGAAGAGAAAAAAGAGGUGAUGCUUCAGAAUGGAGAGACCCCCAAGGACCUGAAUGACGAGAAGCAGAAAAAAAAUAUUAAACAGCGAUUUAUGUUCAACAUCGCAGAUGGUGGUUUUACUGAGUUGCACUCCCUUUGGCAGAAUGAGGAGCGGGCAGCCACAGUCACCAAGAAGACUUAUGAGAUCUGGCAUCGGCGACAUGACUACUGGCUGCUGGCUGGCAUCAUAAACCAUGGCUAUGCCCGGUGGCAGGACAUCCAGAAUGACCCACGCUAUGCCAUCCUCAAUGAACCUUUCAAGGGUGAAAUGAAUCGUGGCAAUUUCUUAGAGAUCAAGAAUAAGUUUCUAGCCCGAAGGUUCAAGCUCUUAGAACAAGCCCUGGUGAUUGAGGAACAGCUGCGCCGGGCAGCUUACCUGAACAUGUCCGAGGACCCUUCUCACCCUUCCAUGGCCCUAAACACCCGCUUUGCUGAGGUGGAGUGUUUGGCGGAGAGUCAUCAGCACCUGUCUAAGGAGUCAAUGGCAGGAAACAAGCCAGCCAAUGCAGUCCUGCACAAAGUUCUGAAACAGCUAGAAGAACUGCUGAGUGACAUGAAAGCCGAUGUGACUCGACUCCCAGCUACUAUAGCCCGAAUUCCCCCAGUUGCUGUGAGGCUACAGAUGUCAGAGCGUAACAUUCUCAGCCGCCUGGCAAACCGAGCACCCGAACCUACUCCACAGCAGGUAGCCCAGCAGCAGUGAAGAUCCGGAUCGAUGAUACCACCUC